CACACACGAGAAAAGAAGUAAUCCUUGAAUAUUCAAAAUAAGAAAUGCAUAUGAUUGCCAAAAGGUAUAAAUAAUUCGGUAAUGUAUCGUUGUGUGAAUUGUGGAGCUGAAGUGGAAGAACUUUACAAAAGUUAUUGUCCAAACGUUUUGAAACUAUUGAAAUGUGAUACUUGCGACCAGUUGGCUGACAAAUACAUCGAAUAUGAUCCUGUGAUAAUCCUAGUUGACUUAAUAUUACUCGAAAAACGAGCGUACAGGCAUCUCCUUUACAAUUGUGAUUUGAAGUAUUGCUGGAAACUAGUAAUAAUUAUCUGGCUAGUCGAAUCAUUUCGGAAUCUUUCUUUAUGCGAUUACAAAACAAAAAGUAUUGAAACACUGAAGACAUUUCAACCUAUUUUCGAUGGGCAUUGCAAUUUUUAUUUAGUCCUACUUCGUACUGCCUUCUCUCUCACUGCUUUCGCUGUUGUUGUGAUUCUUCUUACCAAAGUUAAAUGGUAUUUCGAGUCAAAGAGCCCCGGUAAAUAUAGAACAGCGCACUUGUGGAAGGCUUUGGUAAUAGGGGGAUCCUGCAAAUUAUUAGGAUUAUUGGAAAUCACUUGGGGGCAUAUAUUUUUGGCGCCUCAUUAUCUUCUCAUUUUAGGAUACACUCUUCUGUGCCUGCUUACGUCUUAUUCAGUGGUAUCCGACAAUGGCAAAAUGGAGUCUUCGGUCAUUCUAGGGAUGGGCACACUGGUGUAUAACUGUGCAUCUAAUUUUCUCUCUACAACAUUUGAAGUUUCAGACUAGUCUAAUAAUAUACAUUUAACAAGAUUUAUUUUAUAAUGUUAUUUAAUUUAAAACACUGUGAAAUUAAA